CUCGCUGGCUCGCGCACUCUGAACAAUGAGUGUAAGCGGAGCGCGAGGAGCCCGGAGAAUGUGAGCGCGCGGGGAUUUGUUACAGCGCUCAAGCUCGUGCGGUCUUUCAGCGGGCUAAAAACCGGAACCAUGUGGAUCCCGACGGAGCACGAGAAGCUCGGAGUGGUGCUGGCCAGUUUUCGGGGGACGGUACAGCACGGCUUGCCCCUGGAGAUCGGUGACACGGUGCAGAUCCUGGAGAAAUGUGAAGGCUGGUACAGAGGCUUCGUGCUCAAGAACCCAAACGCCAAGGGGAUUUUCCCAUGCAGUUACAUUCAUUUGAAAAAUGCUCAGAUAAAGAACAAGGGGCAGUUUGAGACCGUGGUGCCCACAGAAGACACGGUCAUUACAGAGAUGACGUCCACUUUACGGGAAUGGGGCAUUAUAUGGAAGCAGCUUUAUGUGAAGAACGAGGGAGAUCUGUUCCACAGAUUAUGGCAUGUGAUGAAUGAGAUCUUGGAUCUGCGGCGGCAGGUUUUGGUUGGUCACCUGACCCACGACCGUAUGAAGGAUGUCAAACAACACAUCACUGCCCGUCUGGACUGGGGAAAUGAGCAGCUGGGUCUGGAUCUGGUUCCCAGGAAAGAGUUUAGCAUGGUGGAUCCUGAUGAUAUCAGCGUCACUGAGCUGUACAGACUGAUGGAACAUCGUCACCGUAAAAAGGACACGCCCGUCCCAGCCAGCACACAUCACCUGUUUGUGCAGAUGAAGAGUCUGAUGAGCUUGAACCUGGGCGAGGAGCUGGAGGUUUUCUUCUACAUCUACGACAGCAGAGAGAGUCGACCUCUCAGUGAAAGGUUCUUUGUGAAGCUUAAUAAGAACGGAGUGCCCAGGUCUCCAGAGAAGACAGAGACGCACUGUACCCUUUUUGUGGACUUGGGGAGCAGUGACCUGAGAAAAGAUGUGUAUAUUGUUGUUCACAUCAUUAGGAUAGGGAGGAUGUGUGCGGGUGAGAAGAAGAACACAUGCAGCGUGCAGUACAGGCGUCCGUUUGGCUGUGCCGUGUUCAGCAUCGCGGAUCUCCUCACUGCUGACACGAAGGACGACCAGAUCCUUAAAGUCUACGCAUGUAACACUGAGAGUGAUUGGAGUCAAAUCCAUGACAGCAUAAUAAAGAAAGUGAACUCCAGAUAUAACCUGUCAGGAUCCAACACGGGCCUUGCAGUGACUCUCCAGUUACUUCACGGGGACAUCGAGCAGCUGCGGAGGGAGUACAUGGCCAUUUUCUCUCGGGGUGUAUCCAUCACCAGGAAGCUAGGAUUCUCUGAUGUCAUUAUGCCAGGGGAUAUGAGGAAUGAUCUGUACAUCAUUUUGGAGAAAGGAGAGUUUGAGAAAGGAGGAAAGACUGUAGCCAGAAAUGUGGAAAUCACAGUUUAUGCACUGGAUGCCGAUGGACAGAUUCUCAGGGGCUAUGUUUUAGCGGGUUCGGGUGAGCCGGGGUCUGACGAAUACCAUUCCUUUGUGCUGUACCACAACAACAGCCCACGCUGGGCCGAGCAGAUCAAGCUGCCCAUCCCCGUCGAUGUGUUCCGCGGCUCCCAUGUCCGCUUCGAGUUUCGCCACUGCUCAACAAAAGACAAAGCGGAGAAGAAGCUAUUUGGCUUCUCGUUUGUCCAUUUAAUGCAGGAAGAUGGACGAACUCUACCAGAUGGCACCCAUGAGCUCAUUGUCUAUAAGUGUGAGGAAAACGCUAAUCUUCAAGAUUGUGCUCGCUACCUCAGUCUGGCCUGUUUCAAAACCAAUCUGUCAGGCAACAACCAGGCUGUGAAAAACAGCAAGGAGUCUUUCUGGAUCACCUCAUUCCUCUGUUCCACCAAACUCACUCAAAAUGGUGAAAUGCUGGACCUGCUGAAAUGGAGGAUGCACCCUGAUAGGAUCAGUGAGAGCCUGUCCAAACUGAAGGAGAUUGAUGGCUCUGAAAUAGUUAAGUUCUUACAGGACACUCUGGAUGCGCUCUUUGGGAUUUUGGACGAGAGCUCGCAGAGAUUCAGCCUCAAAGUCUUUGAUUCUCUUGUGCACAUUAUAAACUUACUCCAGGACAGCAAGUUCCAGCACUUUAAACCUGUCAUGGACACCUACAUCGAGGGCCACUUUGCAGGAGCUUUGUCCUACAGAGAUCUGAUUAAGGUCCUGAAAUGGUAUGUGGACCGCAUCAUUGACGCCGAACACCAGGACCACAUUCAGCGAGUUCUCAAGGCGACAGAGUACAUAUUUAAGUACAUUAUACAGUCUCGGAGGCUUUAUGCAAUCGCGACAGGGGGCCAGAAUGAGGAAGAGUUUCGCUGCUGUAUGCACGAGCUCUUCAUGUCCAUCCGCUUCUUCUUGUCGCAGGAGAGCAAAGGGUCCAGCCCAAUCUCCCACACACAGACGGUGUUUUUGCAGGCAUUUCCUGCAGUCUAUGGGGAGCUGCUAAAGCUGUUCACCGUCACUGAGGUGGCCUCGUUCGUAAGGGAGACACUGGGGAGUCUGCCGGACAUCUCACAGUCAGACUGCCCCCUAGAGACUGUCAAACUACAGUGCAUUUCCAAAACUGUGGAGAGCCAGCUAUACACAAACCCCGAAUCAAGGUGUGUUCUGCUCCCUGUGGUCUUGCGCUUGUUACAGACUCACUCAGAGCAACGAGAUCUGGUGAUGGGUGCCCAAAUACUCACCUGCAUGCUGUCUAUCAUAAAAAGAUACGAUACGGAGCCAGCCAUGUCUGAAGAAGUGGAUCUGAUAGUGGAGAGCUUGCUCAGUGUAUUAUUGAGGACUAUUCUGGAGAUUUCCAACCGUCCUCAAACCCCAGUGUCGACAAUGCGUCCUCAGAGUCAAGAUGUCACGGGGGAGUUUGUGUCAUGCCUUUUGGCAUUGCUGAAGCAGAUGGGAGAUAAACACUACCAGCAGCAUCUUCAACGUUUCACCAGUAAAGAUGAGCUGAGGGAUUUCCUUCUGCAGAUUUUCACCGUAUUCCGCAUCCUGAUCCGGCCGGAAAUGUUUCCUAAAGAUUGGACAGUCAUGCGGCUUGUCACUAAUAAUAUCAUCAUCACAACGGUGCUCUACCUGUCAGAUGCUCUGAGGAAAAACUUUCUGAAUGACAGGUUUGAUUAUAAGGUCUGGGAUUCGUACUUUUAUCUGUCUGUAAUCUUCAUCAAUCAGCCCUGCCUCCAGCUUGAAACGUUCUCUCCUUCCAAGCGCAAGAAAAUUCUUGAAAAGUACGGAGAUAUGAGGGUGAUGAUGGGCUGUGAAAUCUUCAGUAUGUGGCAGAAUCUAGGAGAACACAAAUUAAACUUCAUCCCUGCUAUGAUUGGCCCAUUUCUCGAGGUGACACUGGUUCCUCAGCCGGAUCUGCGGAACGUGAUGAUCCCCAUUUUUCACGACAUGAUGGACUGGGAACAGCGGCGAAGCGGCAACUUUAAACAGGUGGAGGCAAAACUAAUAGACAAGCUCGACAGUCUGAUGUCAGAAGGAAAGGGUGAUGAAACUUACCGUGAGCUCUUCAACAGCAUAAUUCCUCUGUUCGGUCCAUACCCUAGCCUCUUAAAGAAGAUCGAGAGAGAGACGUGGAGAGAAAGCGGAAUCUCAUUAAUUGCAACAGUAACACGCCUAAUGGAGAGACUGCUUGAUUACAGGGACUGCAUGAAACUUGGAGAAGUGGAUGGAAAGAAGAUUGGCUGUACUGUCAGUCUGUUGAACUUCUAUAAAACAGAGCUGAAUAAGGAGGAGAUGUAUAUCCGCUACAUCCACAAGCUGUAUGACCUGCACUUAAAAGCGCAGAACUACACAGAGGCUUCUUACACGCUGCUGCUGUACGACGAGCUGCUGGAAUGGUCAGAAAGGCCACUGCGGGAGUUUCUGAGUUAUCCCAUGCAAACCGAGUGGCAGAGGAAAGAGUACCUGCAUCUCACCAUCAUCCAAAACUUUGAACGUGGCAAGUGUUGGGAGAACGGAAUCCUCCUGUGUCGAGAGUUGGCCGAUCAAUACGAAGCGUAUUAUGAUUACAGGAACUUGAGCAAAAUGAAGAUGAUGGAGGCCUCCCUUUAUGAUAAAAUCAUGGACCAGCAAAGACUGGAGCCUGAGUUCUUCCGAGUGGGCUUCUAUGGAAAGAAGUUUCCCUUCUUUUUACGAAAUAAGGAGUUUGUAUGUCGUGGACAUGACUAUGAGCGUUUGGAAGCCUUCCAGCAGCGCAUGCUCAAUGAAUUCCCUCAUGCCAUCGCCAUGCAACAUGCCAACCAGCCAGACCAGACUAUUUACCAUGCAGAGGCCCAGUACCUGCAAAUCUACGCUGUGACUCCAAUCCCAGACAGCCAGGACGUCCUCCAGAGAGACGGCGUUCCGGACAACAUCAAGAGCUUCUACAAAGUCAACAACAUCUGGCGUUUCCGCUAUGACCGCCCUUUCCACAAGGGCAUCAAAGACAAGGAGAAUGAGUUUAAGAGUCUGUGGGUGGAGAGAACAACGAUGACCCUGGUACAGAGUCUCCCAGGGAUCUCCCGCUGGUUUGAAGUGGAGAAGAGAGAUCUGGUGGAGGUGAGCCCACUGGAGAAUGCCAUCGAGGUGAUUGAAAACAAGAACCUGCAGCUGCGGACACUGAUCACGCAGUGCCAGACACGCCAGAUGCAGAACAUCAACCCGCUCACCAUGUGCUUAAAUGGCGUGAUCGACGCUGCUGUGAAUGGAGGCCUUGCUCGCUACCAGGAGGCAUUCUUUGUGAAAGACUACAUGAUGAAUCACCCGGAGGACGGAGAUAAGAUUGGACGCCUUAGAGAACUCAUGUUUGAACAGGCACAAAUACUAGAAUUUGGCCUGACUGUCCAUGAGAAGUUUGUUCCACAGGACAUGCGGCCACUACAUAAAAAACUUGUGGAUCAGUUCCAACUCAUGAAGUCUAGCCUAGGGAUUCAGGAGCUCCCAACCUUCAUGAGAGCCAGUCCUAUCCAUUUUUCCAAUGGAAGCCCACGGGUCGGGAGAAACUCAAUGCCCAACAUUUUAAAUGUAGAGGGAGGACGUGUCGUGCCCCGCCGCAGUCCACUCAGCUAUCCAGCAGUAAACCGGUACUCUUCGUCUUCUCUGUCAUCGCAAGCCUCCAAUGAAGUGAGCAACAUCACUGGGCAGUCGGAAAGCUCAGACGAAGUCUUCAACAUGCAGCCCAGUCCAUCUACCUCGAGUCUCAGCUCCAAUCACUCAGCCUCUCCAAAUGUGACCAGCUCAGCCCCCUCCAGUGCCCGAGGCUCACCUCAACUGUCAGAGAAACACAAGCAUGUCCGGGAGAACUCCUGCCUCUCUCCAAGGGAUAGACCCUGUAGCGCUGUAUUUCCCAAUCCUCUUGAUCCCACACAGAGGAUGAUCCCACACCCAGCAGGUGAUGCCUCUCUGCCUCGCAGCGAUCCCAACAUCUCCAUUCCAGACAAAGUGGUCAAGCCUGCCCCAAGCAGCUGGAGUCUUGAUACACCAUUCUCUGACUUUGUUGGAAAGCAGUUUUGCCCCCCUGUCCCUCCUAGGCCUCCGUAUUCAGGGUCUCCUGCUAAAAAUAUGAGAUCACAGUCGCCAGGUCCAGUAUCAAGAUCACCACAAAAGUACUCUGUCCCUCCCUUCACGCCCUCGCCUACAGAGUGCCUACCAGCAGGGCUUGUACCCAACUCCCCAGGGCUCUCUGGCAGCUACAGCAGCGGUAUCUCCUCUCUCAGCCGCUGCAGUGUUUCUGAAGUCUCAGGCACCGAAGUCACACCCUCCACUGACCACGCCUUUCCCACCUCUGCCUCCAGUGGCUCGGAUGAGCUUUAUAGGCGAGAAAACAAGACUCCGCCCCCUUACAGCACCCACCCGCGGAGACCGGUGCCCCUCCCUCACAGCCUCUCCAUUCCCACAACUGCUGAUGCUCCACCCAUUCCACCAAAACCCCACCAGCUUCGCAGUGUUAAGCCAGUGGAGCAGCUGCCCCGCCCCCGCCCCCUUCCCAGGAAAAUCUCUCAGCUUUAGUGCUGCUGGAAGAAAAUACCAUGUGCCACUAAUUGCACUUUCUCUCUUUGGGUUGAUAACCCACACUUUUAAUUUACAUAAGAAACAGACUGGGUAGGUGGGAGGAUAUGGCGGGGGGGUGGGAGUGCUUUUUCCUGCACUUUUCAGCAAUCACAGAUCAAGAUGCUCUGAAAACAGAAGCAUUUUUACAUUGUGUAAAUACUGAUAUGAAACGUAUGUUUUUGCCUUAAGUAUUGCAAACAGAAUAUUUUACCAUUGGGUAAUGCACGUUUCUAAGUACAUUUAAGUACGUUCUCCUUUUUUAAAUGGCUCAGAGAGGUGCUAAAGGCCUCCAUUCGGCUUUUCAUAUCGGCACUAGAUCACCAAACCCUUUUAUUCAUCUGCAAGAACUUAUUCUAAACAAUUUAAGAGGUUAUGGUCUUAUUGAUUUGAGCACAUUUGUAGAUAAUACAGCAGUCAGUUUAUACAAAACAUUCAUCCAUCACUUACUUGUUAGGAUGAGAUUUAUGGUGUACAUGAUUUGGUCAGCACUCGCAGCUGACGCUUUUGUAAUAAAGCCUAACCACACGAGUCGAAUGCUCGAGUUAGUCUACCUGGUAUUGUGCCAAAGGAACAGAGAAACUGUCAUACUGUAUUUUUAUUUUCCAGCUCAAGAUUGACAUUAAGUUUCUGCUUUAAACAUUUUUUACACUCUUAUUAUUAUUUUUAACAGCCAUGUGAAAGUACAAUUGGAAUAGUCAUUGGCGUAACUGGAAAAAUCCGGUGACAGGCUGGUACUCUCAUUAUACUGGCUGAGUAAUAUUUAGGAAAGGAGCUGAAGGCAGAAGCAUCUGCCCAUAGGCAUAGCAGGAGCCAGCCUAAUUAAGGUGUGUAGUGACUGACUUUUUUUUUAAUGUGUGCUGAAAUUGAUGGAGUCUUUACAAAAAUAAAGUCUGCCAUUCUUUAUAGUCACAUUCUACUAUGCCGGUUGCAUGCACUGUCCAUCUACCCAAGUUGCUCAAAACUGCCAGUAGGACACAGCUAUAGAGCUGUGACAAUAUACCUGAGUAAUGAUUAAUUAUAAUGAUUCUGAUUUACCACUAUAAUCACACUGAGUUCAUAAUAUACCAAGUUUAAUACAUUUACACUUAUUCAUUACUAUUUUGUGUCAGUGGAUCUCAGAGCAGUCCCACAGUCUCCCAGCUGCUCCAUAGAUUAGCCUCACAGUCAUAUUUAAGGUAUGAACUAUAUGAAGUAAAAACAUGAUUGUGUGUAAUGUUCGAGAAAAAUUCUCCACAAUAAGGUGGUGGUGUUCAGGUACAACGUUAGUGAUCCUGCUCGAAAAUAUCUACAUUUCUAGUAACAAAUGACAAAUUCCUUUUUUUAUUUGAGAACAUAAUUGUAAUCUGUAUACUGCUUAUUAAUUAUAGCAGCUGUAAACAAUCAUUCCAUCACCCACCACUCAUUUUCUUUCUCAUGACGUUAACAAGAAUAAUGGUUAGUAACCAGAGAAACAGUUCACCGGCAAGAAACAGCGAAGCCGUUCAUCAACACACAAAAAACCUACAGGAACAGCUUUACAGCUAACAAGGCCAGUGAUAUACACACUGUCAAUUGCUUUACAAACGUUGAUUCUGCCAGAGAUGCUGGGAAAAUAAUAAACACCUUGUGACUAGUCAGAUUGGAGAAUUCCAAUAUUGUCUUGUGGUAUAAUUAUAAUAUAGUGUCAGUUUUUUAUAUUUUUUUGUUGAGAUUUUUUUUUUGUAUCGAAUCAUUUAAUGUUCAAAAUUUUGUAACAUUGAAAAUCAUGUAUGUGCAAAUUUACCGUAUUGUAUACGUUUGUAUAUUGUCACCGCCCUAUUUAUAAUUCAAUCUGGCUAUUCAUCGGCUGCGGUUUUUCUGGACAUAAUCCUUUACACAGAAAUGUUAGAGAUUUGGGCCUUUAUAGCAGUCCUGUAAGAGCCUGGUUACUGUGCCCUGAAAAUGAACAAUAGCUCCUCAAUUUAUAAACAGAAAAAUAGAAACGUAUCGAUCACCUCUUUUCACUGCUUCUUUUCUUUGUAGGAAAAUUAAAAUCGUUUUAAAUAAUUUUCAAACUUUGGACAAACAUCUCCACAUGAAUCAAUGCUUGAAAAAGAAAUGUGUAAAUUAUAUAAUAAUGUCUUUGUAAUUAUGCCAAAUACAAUACCUUCUCUAUUGUAAAUACAAUGUUUUUAAAAGAAAGUGUGUAGCUAUAACAAAUUUACAGCUUUGAAUGUCAGAACAAAUUAUAAUUAUAAAUGUUAAAUAUUUAUGAUUUUUUUGAGGGGGGGUAGGGGGUAGAAGAAAUGAGGUUGAUCUCUCACAUUUUAUGUACAUUCUAAUGAAUUCCUGUGUAAUAAAAUGUUUCCAACAAGCA